AUGGAUCGUCGCAAGGAGGAAAACCAGAGCCGUGAAGGGCUUCUGCUAGAUUAUGAGGAGGACGGAAAGACCCCAACUCGCAAAUCGUUCGAACAUACUUAUCGAAACUCCGAAGAAUCUGACAUCGACACCACUGAUUACCUCGAUGCGAACCAUCCUCAAGCUUCCGUGAAUGCAUAUCAGACUGGCACUCAAUUAAGCGAUCUGCGGCGUACCUUCAAUCGACGGUCGAAAUGUCUCCUAAUAACACUAGUCGUUGGGAUAAGCUUUUGGUCGAUUCUGGCAGGAGGAGGGGUCUGGCUAUACAAGAAAACGCCCGCCACUGGACAAUCGCCGCCGUGGUAUCCAACACCGCCUGGAGGCACAGUACCACAAUGGAGCGAGAGCUAUAAGAAAGCCGCCGCAUUGGUCGAGAAAAUGACAUUGCCGGAAAAGGUGAACAUCACCACGGGUACCGGAUGGCAGAUGGGUCUUGCUGUCGGAAAUACUGGACCUGCAUUGAAUGUAGGUUUUCCUGGUCUUGCAUUACAAGAUGGGCCCUUGGGGUUGCGAUUCGCCGAUAAUGCGACGGCUUUCCCAGCAGGUAUUACUGUAGGAGCAACAUUCAAUAAAGAAUUGAUGUACAAACGCGGUAAGGCACACGGUCAAGAAGCUCGAUUAAAGGGUAUCAAUGUCCUCUUGGGACCUUGUAUUGGGCCAUUGGGUCGAAUGCCUGCAGGUGGAAGAAACUGGGAAGGAUUUGGCACGGAUCCAUAUCUCCAAGGUAUCGCAGCAGCGCAAACUAUUAAGGGUAUUCAAGAAGAAGGCGUUAUCGCCACAAUCAAGCAUUUCAUUGGAAAUGAGCAAGAACAUUUCAGACAAAGUUAUGAGUGGGGUUUGCCAAAUGCCAUGUCAUCCAAUAUCGAUGAUCGCUCUCUUCAUGAACUAUAUGGAUGGCCUUUCGGUGAUAGUGUAAAAGCUGGAGUAGCUAGCGUUAUGUGCAGUUACCAAAUGGUGAACAACUCAUACUCGUGUGGAAACUCGAAGCUCCUCAACGGCAUCUUGAAGGACGAGCUUGGAUUUCAAGGAUUUGUGCAAUCGGAUUGGCUUGCUCAACGAUCUGGUGUAGCAAGUGCGCUUGCUGGGCUCGAUAUGACCAUGCCAGGAGAUGGUCUCAUUUGGGACAACGGAAAAUCACUAUGGGGCCGAGAGCUGAGUAAAUCAGUGCUGAAUGGAUCAUUACCUGUUACGAGACUCAACGACAUGGUGACAAGAAUUGUAGCUUCUUGGUAUCAAUUGGGUCAAGAUGAUAAAACAAAAUUUGAUGGGGAGGGUCCCAACUUUUCCUCAUGGACCAAUGAAGAGAAGGGAUAUGUUAAUGCUGGUAGCCCCGAUGAUCAUGACGAGAAGGUUGUCAACAAGUUUAUUGAUGUUCAAGGGACGGGUGCUGAAGCACAUUCUAUCAUAGCACGUCAAGUGGCUACUGAGGGAACUGUGCUAUUGAAGAACGAGGACAAUUUACUACCUCUUAAUAAAAAUGGCUGGGCCUCGGAUGAAAAACAUGAGCUUGUGUACAGAAUUGGGAUAUUUGGUGAGGAUGCGGGAGAAGGUGAUGGGCUCAAUGCGUGCCCAGAUAGAGGUUGCAACAAAGGAACACUAGGCUCUGGAUGGGGAUCUGGCGCGGUUGACUUUCCUUACUUAAUCUCUCCAGUCUCAGCACUGAAGAAAUCGUUCAACACGGGACAUGUCUACAUCACAGAUUUCCCUACGAACUCACCCCCGUUGAAGAAAGCCCCAGCAAUCAUCAAAGACCAAGAUGUCUGCAUCGUCUUCGUCAAUUCUGAUGCCGGAGAAGGAUACAUAUCUUACGAAGGUAUCCGUGGCGAUCGCAAUGACUUGAAUCUACAACAUGGAGGUGAGAAGCUUGUAAAGGAAGUCGCUGAAGGUUGCGGAGGAGGGAAAGGUAACACGAUCGUUGUCGUUCAUGCUGUCGGACCAGUGGUCAUGGGUGAAUGGAUCGACAUUCCAGGAGUCAAGGCGGUUUUGAUGGCAAACCUUCCGGGACAGGAGAGUGGAAAUGCAAUUGCUGAUAUCCUUGUCGGCAAUGUUAAUCCGAGUGGCAAGCUGCCUUAUACUAUCGGAAAAUCUCUAAAUGAUUAUGGUGCUGGUGGUCAAGUACUUUAUUUUCCAAAUGCUCUUGUUCCACAACAGAACUUCAGCGAAGGAUUGUACAUUGAUUAUCGCCACUUUGAUAAAUAUAACCUGGACCCUACAUUUGAGUUUGGGUUCGGACUAUCAUAUACCACGUUCGAAUAUACAAACCUCAAGGUCGAUGCAAUUUUACCCAAAUCGCCUUUCCCAGCCGCUCGCCCAGACGGAAUUCCUCCACCUGCUUUCGACGACAGGAUUCCAAAUCCUAGCGAGGCGCUAUUCCCUUCAAAUUUUAGAAAGUUAUCUAAGUUUAUCUACCCAUAUAUCGACAAAGUUUCGGAUAUCACACAAGGUAGAUACCCAUAUCCAGAAGGCUAUGACACAGUACAACCCCUAUCACCAGCUGGUGGAGACGAGGGUGGUAAUCCAGACCUCUGGACUGUCUACGCCACUGUAUCAGUCGACCUCAAGAACACCGGGAGUGUCACUGGUAAAGAAGUAGCGCAAUUAUAUCUUGAAUACGAUAAUCUUAGUGGGGACGCUGCGAAUGUCGAUUUCCCAGUCAGGGUCUUGAGAGGUUUUGAAAAAGUGGAACUCGCAAAGAAUGAGACGACAACAGUGAACUUCGAGUUGACGAGAAGAGAUCUGAGUUAUUGGGAUGUGGUGAAGCAGAAUUGGGUUAUGCCUACAGGGGGAACUUUCACGAUUAGAGUAGGUGCUAGUUCGAGGGAUUUGAGGGUUUCGGGGUCUUUCUAA